CUAAGAUUUCCCUUCUGUGUUUUGAAUUCUUCUUUGAAAACCUUAACUGUAAUCUUUACAAGACAAAUGUUAUGGGUACCCUUAACAUGCUGGGACUAGCCAAGAGGAUUGGUGCAAGGUUCUUGCUUACUAGUACUAGUGAAGUGUACGGAGAUCCACUCGAGCAUCCCCAAAAGGAGACUUAUUGGGGAAAUGUUAAUCCUAUAGGUGAGCGCAGUUGCUAUGACGAGGGAAAACGCACUGCUGAGACUUUGACUAUGGAUUAUCACCGUGGUGCAGGAGUGGAGGUGCGCAUUGCUCGUAUUUUCAACACAUAUGGACCUCGCAUGUCCCUAGAUGAUGGGCGUGUUGUCAGUAACUUUGUAGCACAGGUUAUUCGCAAGCAACCCAUGACAGUUUAUGGUGAUGGGCAGCAAACAAGAAGCUUUCAAUAUGUUUCUGACUUGGUUGAUGGAUUGUCAGCACUAAUGGAAGGUGAGCAUGUUGGGCCUUUCAACUUGGGAAAUCCAGGGGAGUUCACAAUGCUGGAGCUCGCCGAGGUUGUGAAGAAGGUGAUAGAUCCCAGUGCAACCAUUGAGUUUAAACCCAACACUGCUGACGACCCGCACAAGAGGAAGCCAGACAUCAGUAGGGCAAAGGAGCUUCUGAACUGGGAGCCGAAAAUCGCCCUCCAUGAUGGGCUGCCCCUCAUGGUCAACGACUUUCGCAAUCGCAUCUUGAACGAAGACGAAGGAAAAGGGAACUAAAAACUACAAGUAAGUUUGAAGAGUCUCAUUUAUGAACUGCAUGUACUGUAUAGAAAAAAAAAGCACGCCGAGAUUUCUCAUCUUCAUUUCUGUCUUGCAGCUGUAGUAGUCCAUAUAUUUCCCCCCCCCCUCCCCCCGCCCGCCAUUGCAACACCAAUAGUUUUUCUGCAGGAAUAGAAAUAAGUUUCUCUUGUUUUUUUAAAAAUAAUUCAGACUUUUCUAUGCUUCAAUCUGAAUGGGGCAAUGCAGAGCUGUGUAGUAACUAGUAAGCACAUUGUGGUGUUUAGGGCAUUUCUGGUAAAAAAGAGCUGUUUGAUUUUUUUGUUUAUGAGCAAUGCAGUCAUUUUUUUGAGUCUGUUGGGGGAAAAGAGCAUUUUAGACGGAUGUGAACUGAACUGCUGUUUUGAAUUAGCAGUAAAAUGGCAUUAUGCUU